GGUAUUCAGUUCCGAAAGGUUUGAAUUGCUGACACGGUUGGUUUAAAUAUUUUCAACAGCUUCGUGCAAUUACAGACUUGCAAGAAAUGCGAAGUCUGUACCAGGAACUGGCAACGGAAGGAAAAUCCCCCCUCCCCCGCCCACUAACUGGAGGCGAGGAAUAUAGGGGCGAGAGGGAAAGACACAGGGCAGAGACAGAAAUAAAGGGAAAGAGAGACACAUAACAAGGAGAGAGUGAGAGAAACACAGAAAUUGGGAGAGGCUGACAGGAACAAACACAACGACAGAAGGAGCCAGACAGACACGGAAGAGGGAGAAAGGCUCAGUCACUGAGGCAAACAACAAGAGCCGAGGGAGCGACCUGCGGUGAUCACUUGCAAUCCAGUCUGUCGGAGUGGGGAUUCGGGUCAGGAGGAUGAAGAACAGGAGGAGCUGCUGCUGUUUUGUUGUACUUUUCGUGGCUGUGCUGCUCACCGCCGUGAUUCUGUUACUGUUGUUGUGGAAGCCGCGAUGCAAAGGUCGCAACUUGUACUCUCAAGCUGCGGUGGCGGCGGACUCCGUGGAAUGCUCGGAAAUCGGCAGAAACAUUCUGCUGGAUGGUGGAUCAGCUGUUGAUGGCGCGAUUGCUGCACUGCUCUGUACCUCCCUCAUCAACCCCCAAAGUAUGGGUAUUGGCGGAGGAGCCAUUUUCACCAUUUAUGAUGCAUCAGAAGGUCGUGUGACAGUGAUUAAUGCCAGAGAGAAGGCCCCUCAAAUGCUGGAGCCAGAUCCAUUCACUGGAUGUCAGAAACCAGGUCCCCAAUGGAUUGCUGUGCCGGGGGAACUGCGAGGCUACGAGGAAGCACACCAGAAAUUUGGGAAAUUACCCUGGAAAUCCCUGUUUGAACCUUCAAUUAAGCUCGCAGAAAGUGGAUUCCCGCUCCCAAAGUAUUUAAAGAAAUUUCUAGAACAUCAGAUUUUGAAACCUCAAAUAAUAAAUUCAUCACUGUGUUCACUGUUUUACAACAUUACUGGUAGUCCACUUGACAUUGUGAAGUACCCUCAGCUCGCAAAAACACUGAAGGCCAUCGCAAAAAAUGGAUCUGAUGAGUUUUACAGUGGCAAAAUUGGACAGGAUCUCAUUAAAGAUAUACAAGAAGAAGCUGAUAAAAAUUCAGUUAGAGCUUUAACACUUGAAGAUUUGAAACUGUACAAAGCUUCAGUGGUGGAACCCCUGAAUAUUUCACUGGGUGACUACAUGAUGUACACUCCACCCCAACCUUCACGGGGAGCCAUUCUCAGCUUCAUCCUCAACAUACUGAAAGGCUUUAACUUUUCUGCUAAGUCUAUGGAGGAAAGUCAAAGAUCGCAGACAUACCAUCGUAUCAUAGAGGCCUUAAAAUUUGGAAAUGGACAGCUGAGUAGAAUGAUAGGUUCUAAGGUCCAACCACGUGAUAUAUCUAAACUGCUCUCUGAUCAGUUUGCUGAGUCCACAUGGCAGCGUAUUGACGAUCAAGUCCAUCCUCUACAAUACUACAACACUGAGCCUCGGGCACGCGAGAAGUAUGCCACCAGUCAUAUUUCAGUGAUAGACAGAAAUGGCAAUGCAGUUUCUGUCACCAGCUCAAUCAAUUACUUAUUUGGUUCCAGGAUCAUCUCCAAGAGUACAGGGAUCAUCUUGAAUAAUCAGUUAGCAGACUUCUGCAGCGCAGAUAGAAUAUUUCCAGACAUCAAAGCUGUUACAGGACAGCAGCCACCUUCUUCUAUGUCUCCAUCCAUAUUAAUAUCACGGGAUAAAAAAUCGAUGAUGGUGGUGGGAGGUGCCGGUGGGAGUAUGAUCGUCAGUGCUAUUGCACAGAUCAUUAUGAACAAGUUGUGGUUUGGACUCAGCAUGACUGACGCGAUUGAGAAGGGAAGGGUUCACGUAAAUUCAUCUAAUUCUGUGAAUUUUGAAAACAGAUCUGAUGUUAAGGAGGCUAUGACAGCAAUGAAGCAGAAAGGCCAUAAUAUCACUGAGCCCAGUCUGGUGCCAUCUGUUAUUCAAGGAAUAUUUAGAGAUCAUGGCUGUAUUGAAGCAGUGUCAGACACCAGGAAAGCUGGAAAAUCUGCUGGCUACUAGUAUUUCAAUCUAGAGGUGACAGCAGUUACUGCAGGAGACUUGUAUUAAAUUCGGCAGCAUUCAACAAAGACGCAACAUUCGCCGUUCUGUCCUGCAAGCUAUAUCAGACAACAUAAGAAAACUAGACUGUAUCUUCCACUUGAUUAGGAAGGCAAAAUUUCAACUUGCUCAUAAACAUGCCACAUUGGCCAUCUGACAACCAGACUAAGAAUGACUAAUGAGUUCCAGAACGCUUUUGGCAGUGAAUUUGAACUCGACUCUGUUUUUGUUCCUGAGUCACCAAGAUUUUGGACUUUUGCACUGAUAUCUUCACAAGAUGGAUUAGUUUUGGAACCAUCCUGAAUUUAUAAUUGGUGCAUUAGAGAGAAGCCUGCUGAGAAAGAUGGGACCAAGUUGUUCAACAUGACAGACAAGAAUACAGUGUAAUUCAGUCUAACGUUGACACUUACUGUUGGAAGAGAUAAAGUUCUUAUUGUUUUAUAUACUAUAAACUUAGCCUUAAUGUAGUGCAUAUUAAUGAGUUACCUUAUUCUUGAAUGUUAGUUCUUGUACAUUAAAACCACAAGUGGGA